CUAUUGUUCAGUAAGCGAACUGCUCUCUAUAGUGCGGUCCACACUCUUUUCGCUUUUGCGCUUGCACGGUUUAAUAAUAUAAAGUUACAAACGCGCGUUUCCGAACAAAAAAAUAUACACAUCGCGCCUUUUAUUUAUUUAUUCGCUGUGGUUUGUGUGAUUUUUUUUGGUUUGUGUGUGUUUGUUUGUUCUCGAAAUGAUCACCUUGUACAAAACCAUCAAAGGAACUACCAAAAACAAAAGGAAGAGGGAAUCCAAGGGCAUUCCACCGUUGGAUCUACACAUCCCUUUGCCGGCUACCCCCUCUGAAAUGGUAUCGCGCAGAAGGAUUUUGUCAAGGUCAAGGGAUGACCUCCACAUGGAUUCCAAUUUCCAGGCUCCAGAAGACGAGGAGGAUGUCUGGUACCAAAAGGACAAGCUUUACAAGGAUCACAUACAGGAAGUUCUGGACAAAUGGACCCAAAUCGACGACGAAAUUUGGGCAAAGGUGAUCGUGUUGGAAAGGAACAGAAGGGUAGCAAAAGCCUAUGCUAGAGCACCAGUUUUGACAGUCAACGGCUCAGAUGACGGUUUUGACGGAUUUCGGAUCGGUUUGUGCGGUUUUGACAAUCCGAUGAGAGACCAGAAGACCGAGGAGUUCAAAAGACACAUCGGUCACGGCGUCAAAAUCAAGAUGGACGAUGCCGGCAACAUUCUAAUCAAGCGCGUAUCCAAAUGCAACGUCUACAUCAAGAACACCGGGCAAGGGGACGAAAACGCGAUAGGAAACGAAAUCCUCAAGCUGCCGAACUGCGCCCUCGAACCGGAAAAACCCGUCAAACUGUUCGACAUGAAGAAAUUCCAAUCGAACGUCAACAGGGAGCUGAGAAGGGCGUAUCCGGACCGCAGAAGGCUCGAGUGCCAGUGCCUCAGCGCCAUCGCCUUCGUCAAAUCCGAAUCGGAACUUCUGGAAUGCCCCAUAUGGGUUUUGAUCAUAAACGUCGUCGCAAUGGACAUGCUCAAAUCGAAAUUACCGCCAGUGCAACGCGUGAUGGACAUCAAAAACCGACCGCGCAUCCCCGUACCGGACGAGGAUCCCUACAGCGUUGCAGGAAACGGAAGCGGUUCGUCGGGAUCUUCCGGUUUUGCCGGAAACAGCGUGGCGGCGACGCGAGAGCAGCUGUUGCUGCAAAGCCAGCAAAACGCGCUGCGACGCAGCGAAAAACCCCCGAAACUGCCGCCCAGAGAGAACAUGUACCCCCACGACAUCCCCAAGCCUGACUAUGACGAUCACGAAGACAACAGACUAAAGCCCUUCCCUUCGUCCAGGGGCAAGGAAAAAUCCAAGGACAGCAAAAAAUACGACGACCCCUAUUACUGCGGUCUAAGGGCCCGCGUGCCAAAUUUCGUAGCCAAAUCGAAAGCGAAGGAUUCGGCGCCCUCAAAAAGGUUCUCAGUUAGUCAGCAGCAACCGCCGCCGCACAUGGGCAUGUUUCCCAACCACCAGCAUGCCACCAACAUCAACAACAACAACCACAACGUCCAUCCUCAUGCCAUGUGGCACACGAGAAGCUACGAAAGUGGCAUAGGUGAGUCGCCUUUAUCUAUCCACGGUUACGGGAUGCUACCCUUAAAAACCAAAACAGAGCCUAUUUAUAGAAGAAUAUUCCGCAAACAGUAGUGAGAUUUAGCACGUUUCAGGCUCGUUAUCUAUAGAUUUAUUCUGUUGUUUUUAUGUUCUUUGCAAUUAAAGAAUAUGUUUCUCUAAUUUCUAGAUUCUGACCUUAUAGAAUCGCCCUAUAACCAGAUCUAUGGAAGACUUCCCAUUCCCACACGGGCUUAUAUACCUAAUAACCAGCCGCGUACUAUGUACAUUGGCGAGUGGGACUAAUUUUUUAUUUUUUUGUUAAAACAGACUUACAAAAUAAAAGUGUAUUAAUUCGUAUUCCGAAUAAUAAGAGACACGAUUAUAGUCCUUAGCGUAUAAGUAAACAGUAGGUCUGCUUUUAUUUUAAGACUUUUGUAAAUUUAUUCGAGCACUAUAUAUUAUUACCAUACAUUUUAUUUUUUUUACUUAUUCAUUUGUAUAUAAUAAUAGAAUAAAUUAUGUUAUAAGUAGAAUAAUAUGUACUUUCUAGAAAUAUAUAGAUACAAAUACUCAACUAGUUAUUAUAGGUAUUACACGAAGUGGUGCGUAUACAUAUGUAUGUUAUAGUAACAUAUUUUCUAAAAGAAUUUGUGAUUACAUUUAUAUCUUAGGUCUUAUUGUUUUAGUAUUUAAGCGGUUGAAUAUAUCUAUGUAUGUAAAGUAAUUUUUAAGCAUGUAUAUGAUAUUUUUGUAAUUUAUAUACCUAAUACAUGGUGACGGAGUGAUUAAUAAA